AUGAACCAUCAGUUACCCGCAAUGCCGCAUGUGCAGCCGCCCAUGGGCCCGUCCAGGAGGCAGCAUGACUAUUCCUACAACCCAGGCCCUCCCAAUAUGCGCUCCCCGCUGUACAUGGGGGGAUAUCCGCCGCAUAUGAAUGGGAUGAAUGGAAUGAAUGGGAUGAACAAUAUGAAUGGAAUGAACGGCCACAUGCCUCCUGCAUACAUACAACAGUACCCACAGCCUUGGUACCCUUACCAAGUGCAUGGCCCUCCACGUCAAUUUCAUCAGCCUUAUGGACCGAUGAUGGCAACCAUGUACCCACCCGCACAUCACAUCGUGGCCCCGAGUCACCUCCCUCAAUCCUUGCCUAUGCAACCUCCAACAUCAACUCCGCUGCAGCAAGCAAUGUCCCCGUCAAUCCCAGCACCAUUUCAACCCGAGCUGCAUGAUCACACCGGCCUCCCCCCUCAGCCACUCCAACAGUAUCCUGUCGCUUCGCCUCCACCACGGUGGGAGCCCAAAUGCCUACCAGACCCUAAACCAGCUUUUGCUGCACCGGUACCUUGGCUGUCGGUCCCUGACGUUUCUUUUCCCGCCAGACUUCCUCGCCGUCAAAGGAGGAACCCCAUGCGGGACUCAGUAGAGUUCCCUAAGAAAGACGGGCGAUGGAUAAUCGGACCAAGGAAGGGAGAGGUUGAGCCCGUUGAAGAGAUUAAGACAACAAACCUUACAACCCAACUCAUUGAACCUCUGACUCCAACGACCUCCGUUCCUCAAUCGGAUACAAACUCGACUCAGCCUACGACUCCCUCAUCCGCAGCAAAGUCAACUGUCCAGCAGAGAACUCCUAAGCCUGCCGUUCUCGUUGUCCCGGUGGUGCCAAACACCCCAGGUACUCCGCGUCGACAGACCAAAGACAGCCCCACCGCUACCUCGGAUACCCCCAAAUCCAAUGCAGUCACUGCCCCGGAAGCCAAUUUGGAGUCUAUAAACACCAAAGAAGAUAUAUCCAAGCCAUCCUCGCCCGUCCCUGCCUCUGCUCCUAAGUCAUGGGCGGAGCUUCUUCGAUCGCAGCAAGCCGCUAAGUCAGCCAGCGCCGCGGCUUCGGCCCAGCCGAGCACAGCAGCCACAAAGAAGAGCGAGACCCUUGCAGAUGUUUUGAGCAGCCUUGGUGAAGAUGUCACCAAAUACAGUGACAAGAUUGCUUUCCUCGAGCCUCGAGGAUUGGUGAAUACCGGGAAUAUGUGCUAUAUGAACUCAGUACUGCAGAUUCUGGUCUCAUGCGUGCCCUUCCAUCAGUUCCUUGACUAUGUUGGUCGCAGAUCUGCGCACAGCUUUCACAGUGACGUACCCAUGAUCGAUGCCCUGAUAAUGUUCAUGAGAGAGUUCCGUGUCAUUGAUGCGGCCACUUCAGAAGAGCAGUUGAGAAUGCGACUGAAGCCCAAUGAGCUCGAGAAGUAUGGCGAUGCUUUUGUUCCCGAGUUCGUGUAUGAGAUGAUCCGACAAUUGCCCCGCUUUAGAGAUAUGCGGCGCGGCCACCAGCAGGACGCUCAAGAGUUUCUGGGCUUCCUCCUUGAAGAGCUCCAUGAAGAAUGUGAUCGUGCGGCCCAGCAUGCCCGAAAGGCCGAAGAGGCACAGCGAGCCGAAGAUGCCGCGAAUGGCGCAUCCGGUGAUGGAUGGCUGGAGGUUGGCCAUAAGCAGAAGGCUGCCUUGACUCAGUCAUCUGGAGCUAUUGCAACUGAAUCACCUGUCACAAGAAUCUUCGGAGGCAAGCUGCGGUCAGAGUUCAAGGUGCCGGGUAACAAGACCUCAGUCACUAUGGAGCCUUACCAGCCUCUGCAACUCGACAUUGGGUCCUCUGAAGUCCACAACAUCAUUGACGCUCUCAAGGGACUUACUAAGCCGGAGAGCAUUCAGGGUGAUUUUAACUCAUCUCGUGGGCCUAACGUCACCGCGACCAAGCAGAUGUUCAUCGAGACCAUGCCCCCGGUUCUCAUCCUUCAUCUCAAGCGUUUCCAGUACGAUAGUGUGACUGGAGCUACCCAAAAGAUCUGGAAAAAAGUUGGCUAUCCUCUUGACUUGGAGAUCCCCUUGGAGGUCUUCCCUGCCCACCGGCGCAAUAUUCUAACCGCUUCCGGUGGUCUUCCUCAGUAUCGUUUAAUGGGCGUCAUCUAUCACCAUGGGAUGAAUGCCAGCGGCGGACACUACACCGUUGACGUGAGACGGCAAGAUGGGCGUGAGUGGAUCCGUAUGGAUGAUACUAUCAUUCGUCGCGUUCGCAGCGAAGAUGUGGCUGAAGCUGGUGGUGAGGAGGACCCGAAGGUGCUUGCAGCUGCCUUCGAACAACAGAAGCACGAUAAGAAUCCUCGCGGCAACAUCUUCGAUCACAUUGACCAGGAUGACAUGGAUUCAGCGGACAGCGACAAAGGCUGGAGCCAAGUCAAUGGAAAUGGAUCUAGCAGCCACGCGAGCAAGAAGUCUGUCAACGGUGUCACCCCCUCUCCUGCUACCUCGUCGGGUGUCCGAACCCCCCUGGGUAGAUAUGGUAGCCGCGACAACCGCGUCGCCUAUCUGCUGUUUUAUCAACGCAUGGCUUGA